CCGCCAGGGCCUGCGCGUGUGUCUGAGGAAAAUAUCUUUUUAAAGAGAAAUGAAGAAGAAAACAGUAUAUACGAUAAGCAUGGAAGAUCAGGAGUAUGAAGAUAUGGAAGACAAAGAAAACAAAGAUAACACUACUAUCAAUGGUCGGUUGUACAACGAAGCUGACAGAUGUCCAAUAUGUCUUAAUUGCCUGUUAGAGCAGGAAGUUGGUUUUCCAGAAAGCUGUAAUCAUGUCUUCUGCAUGGCCUGUAUUCUUAAAUGGUCAGAGACCCUGGCCUCAUGUCCUAUUGACCGAAAACUUUUCAAGCAGUGUUUAAUCAGUGCACUGGAAGGUUGUGUUAAGGUUCAAGUAAAAACGUGGAGAGAAACAAAAAACAAGAAAAAUGAAAACUCUUUUAAGAAACAACUUUCUUGUCAUGAAAAUUCUAGAAGCUGUAUGAGGAAAAAAGUCCUAAGAAUGGAUCUAUUAAGCACAAAACUUUGUGACUUGAAGAUGCUAUAUAAACAGUUUAAAUGCAAUGAAAUGGGAGGAACAAAAAAUACAACAAUAAGGAUAAAUAAGUCUCAAAGAUCAAAUCAUUGUACAAGUCCAUGCUUCCAGAAUUUUUUCUCCAGUAUGUUUUCUUCUGAUAGUCACACUGGGGAAUCUUCUCUGACCCAUAGAAGUUAUUGUACAGAAUAUUUAGAAGCCAGUGAAAUCAGUGCACUGAUAAGACAAAAGAGACAGGAACUGGAAUUGUCAUGGUUUCCUGAUGCAAUACCUGGAAUUGGAAGAAUCAGUUUUAUACCCUGGAAUAUUGAAACUGAAGUUCUUCCUCUCAUCUCUUCUGUAUUACCAAGAACCAUUUUCCCAACAAAUACCAUAUCUUUAGAAAAUUAUGAAACUUCUUACAAGGAAUACGCAUUGGCACAUACUCAAGGAGGAGAAGAAAAGAAGCAAACUUCUGGUACAUCAAACAGCAGAGGAUCAAGACGAAAACCUGCAGCAACACCUACAAGAAGAUCUACACGUAACUUGAGAGCUGAAACAGUCAGUCAGCCUCAGGGAUCUUUAAUAUCAAGCAAUUCUGGGUGUGAUUCUUCAGAUAAUAAUCCAUCUGCAAGUGUACCUUAUUCCACUGAGUCAGAGAAGCAAGCAAAGCAGGCUCCAAAACGGAAGUCUGUCAGAAGAGGAAGAAAGCCACCUUUACUGAAAAAGAAACUUAGAAGUUCUAUGCCUCCCCCUGAGAAAUCUUCUAGUGAAUCAGUAGAUGAAGAAACUCCAGAAACUCCAGAAUCCGAUAUCCCACCUGUGUUAGAGAUAGAGUGUCAAUCAAAUGUAGAAAGUAAUAAUACUAGUAAUGUGCAGGCAGAUGUGGAAAAUGAGCCUCCGAAUGGAUUGGAAACUUGCAGUGGUCAAAUCGAAGAAAGUGAGAGCCAAGCCGAGUGCCAGGAUAUACAGGAAAAAGUGGAAUUUUCAUUUUCUGAAUCAUCUACACAGGAUACUUCAGUGCUUGUUGAAGAAGACAAAAUACAAAAUGUUAAGAAUAUAGCUGCAGAGGAUAAUGUUUUAAUUUUAGAAAGUGAGAGUUCCAAGAGUACUUUUGAAAAAGGAGGGGUCACAUUGGAAAAUCAGGAACAAGUAUCUGAACAGCCAGAAUCAGUAGUAAAAGCAGACACAGGUGCAGAUCCUCCUUCAAAUGAUUCUCUUAGGUGUUCAGAACUUGAAAUUGAAGUACAUCCACAUGUGCCAAGCUUAAGCGAAUUAUCUGAGAGUGACUUAUCUGAGAAUAAAGGGUCAUUGAUUAAUGAAGAAAAUGUUAUAGGCAGUCCUGUAGUAGAGCUUACUGAUCAUAAAGAUUCUAUAGUAAAAACGGAACAGUUUGUAGAUAGUCCUAGACUGGAAUCAUCUGAGGAUGGAAUUAUACAAACAGUAGACGCAGUGUCUUUAGAAAACAGAAAGAUUAAGUUGCUUGGACAUGUUGAAACUGAAGAUGUGGAAAAAAUUGCAACAUGUGAAACUUCUGCAAAUGAAAAUGUUGAAAAAAUUCAAGAUUCUGAAAGUAAUUUAUUAAAAAAUAAUAUUAAAUCAGACAAAUGUUUAGAGGAUAAAACUGAGCCUUUGGUCGAGCACCCCAAAUCUUCAGAAUUGCCUAACACACAUAUUGAACAGAUUCAGAAUCAAUUUAGUGAAGAUAACAAUGAAAUGAUACCUAUGGAAUGUGAUUCAUUUUGUAAUGACCAGAGUGAAUCUGAAAUAGAACAGUCUGUAAAUGUUGAUGCUAAACCAUUGAGUGAAAAUUCUGUGGAGCAUAUUUCUCAAAACAGUGCACAGUUUUCUGAUCUUGCAGGUGAAAAAGUUGGAACUGAAUCACAGCCAUCUGACUGCUCAGUAGAUAAAGCAAAAAGACCUCGUACUCGAAAAUCUAGAUUUCAUUCCCCAUCUACAACUUGGUCUCCCAAUAAAGAUAGUGCACAAGAACAAAAGCGUUCUCAGUCUCCAUCUCCCAAAAGAGAAACUGGAAGAGAAAAUAGGAAGUCUAGGUCACCAUCUCCCAAGAAAGAGUCUGCAAGAGGACGCAGAAAGUCCCGUUCUCAAUCCCCCAAAAAGGAUGUUUCAAGAGAAAGGAAGUCAUCUCAGACUCAGUCUCCAAAAAGAGAUAGCACUAGGGAGGGCAAAAGAUCAGAUUCCCUGUCCCCCAAAAAAGAUACUUCUAGAGAGAAUAGAAGAUCUCAGUCAAGAGUAAAGGAUUCUUCCCCUAGAGAAAAAUCUAGGUCCAGGAGCAGAGAAAGGGAAAAUGAUAGAGAUGGACAGAGGAGAGAUAGGGACAGAGAAAGGAGAACUAGACGGUGGUCUCGGUCCAGAUCUCGUUCAAGGUCACCAUCAAGGUCUAGAUCAAAAAAUAAGAGUUCAUUGUUUGGUAGAAAUGACAGAGACAAUUAUUCUCGAUGGAAGGAAAGAUGGACAAAUGAUGGUUGGAGAUGUCCCCGGGGGAAUGAUCGAUACAGAAAGAAUGACCCAGAGAAACAGAAUGAAAAUACAAGAAAAGAAAAAAUUGACACUGACAUCAGUUCAGAAACUGAUGGUCCAAAUUCUGAGGAUAAAUAUAGAAACAACUGUCCCAGUUGGGUAACAGAAAAAAUAAAUUCUGGGCCUGAUCCCAGGACCAGAAAUCCAGAAAAAUUAAAAGAUUCACAUUGGGAAGAAAAUAGGAAUGAAAAUUCAGGUAAUUCUUGGAAUAAAAACUUCAAUUCUAGUUGGAAUUCUAACCGUGGUAGAGGCAAUCGUGGCAGAGGCUCUUACAGAGGUGGUUUUGCUUAUACAGAUCAGAAUGAAAAUCGGUGGCAAAAUCGAAAACCCCUCUCAGGGAAUUCAAAUAGUUCAGGGAAUGAGCCUUUCAAGUUUGUGGAACAGCAACCUUAUAAGCGGAAAAAUGAACAAGAAUUUUCAUUUGAUACACCGGCCGAUAGAUCGGGGUGGACAUCUGCAUCUAGUUGGGCUGUAAGAAAGACCCUGCCAGCAGAUGUACAAAACUAUUAUUCACGACGAGGAAGGAAUUCUUCAGGUCCACAGUCUGGAUGGAUGAGACAAGACGAGGAAACGACUGAACAGGAUUCUAACAUAAAAGACCAAACAAGCCAACAAGGUGAUGGUUCUCAGCUACCAAUAAAUAUGAUGCAACCACAAAUGAAUGUAAUGCAGCAACCAAUGAAUGUACAACACCAGCCUAUGAAUAUCUUCCCUUAUCCAAUGGGUGUUCAUGCUCCUUUGAUGAACAUCCAACGAAAUCCAUAUAACAUUCAUCCUCAGCUACCCAUGCAUCUGCACACAGGGGUGCCUCUGAUGCAGGUAUCUGCUCCUCCAAAUAUAUCUCAGGGAUUGCCACCACCACCACCCCCUCCUCCACCAUCCCAACAAGUUAACUACAUUGCUUCACAACCAGAUGGAAAGCAAUUGCAGGGUAUUCCUAGUGCUUCUCAUGUAAGUAAUAACAUGAGCGCACCAGUCUUACCUGCUCCAGCAGCAGCUUCAGGAAAUAUGGGAACAGUUCAGGGACCAAGUUCUGGUAAUACUUCAUCAUCAAGUCACAGCAAAGCCUCUAAUGCUGCUGUAAAAUUGGCCGAAAGCAAAGUAAGUGUUACAGUGGAAGCCAGCGCAGAUAGCUCGAAGACAGACAAGAAAUUGCAGAUUCAAGAGAAAGCAGCACAGGAAGUAAAAUUGGCCAUUAAGCCAUUUUACCAAAAUAAAGAUAUCACCAAGGACGAAUAUAAAGAAAUUGUAAGGAAAGCAGUAGAUAAGGUAUGUCAUAGUAAGAGUGGAGAAGUAAAUUCAACUAAAGUGGCAAAUCUGGUUAAAGCCUACGUAGACAAAUAUAAAUAUUCACGGAAGGGAAGCCAAAAGAAAACUCUGGAGGAAACUGUAUCUGCUGAAAAGAACAUAGGCUGAAAUGGAGACCUUUGUAAAGGACACUAUCACAAUAUCUGCAAAGUGCAAUUUCAACAUCAUGUACCUUUAAUUGAAAAUCAUACAUUACUGUGAUUGAAAUUUGGUUUUGAUAAUUUUUUAAAUGUAGGAUAUAAUGUUUUGUUCUAAAUAAAUGUAGUUCUGCACUGCA